GUUGUCAUUUCCAAAAGUCCAGUGGUGACUUACUUCCUACUUUCACUUUUAUUUUGCCUGCUGUGUGUUAAUUUCUUCUGAGACAGGACAGUCCUGCAGUGCACACCUCUCACGGGUUUUUUACUUGCUACAGUUGUGCAGUCCUCCUGUGCCAACAUGGAUGAAGAAAGACCUCUACUGGACACAAGAAAGUCAUCAUCAGAGACCACGUUCAACAAAUCCAAACUGUUACUGGCUGUUUUUGCGGCCGUCUUGGGGAACUUCAAUUUUGGUUAUUCCCUGGUCUAUCCGUCCCCUGUCCUGCCAGUGCUCCAGGGUCCCGAUGCGGACCCCCGGCUGAGAAUGGACACCUCCCAGGCUGCAUUGUUUGGCUCAAUCUACAUGCUGGGCAUGGCCGGAGGCGGGCUGGGGGCCAUGUUGCUUAACGACCUAAUUGGCAGAAAGUUAAGCAUAAUGGUGUCGGCCGUGCCUUCCGCUAUUGGUUACCUGCUGCUGGGAGGGGCUGUGGAAUUGUGGAUGCUCCACCUGGGCCGUUUCCUCACAGGUGUCGCAGGGGGGAUAACAGCGGCGUCCAUUCCUGUAUACAUCUCAGAGAUCUCCCAUAAAUCACUGAGAGGAGCACUCGGAACCUGCCCUCAGAUUACUGCUGUAUUUGGAGCCCUGGCACUCUACACUUUGGGUCUGGUGUUACCGUGGCGGUGGCUUGCAGUGGCAGGAGGCGUGCCAGCAUUGCUGAUGGUUGUACUGCUAUUCUUCAUGCCAAACUCCCCCAGGAGGCUCCUCUCCCUGGGCAGAGAGGGGCAGGCCAAGUACACUCUUCACUGGCUGAGGGGCGCUGACUAUGAUAUACAGAGCGAGCUCGACACCAUCAAGUGCAGCAUCCGUCUGCAGAGCCGUAUCACAUGGUCCCAGCUGGCCAUGCCCAUCUACUACCGCCCAAUUCUCAUCUCUGUGGCGAUGCGUUUCCUGCAACAGCUGAGUGGCAUCAGCCCCAUUCUUGUCUACUUGGAGCCCAUCUUUUCUCAGAGUAAUGUCUCACUGGAGCCCAGGUAUGAUGCUGCAAUUGUGGGAUUGGUUCGCCUUGUUUCUGUCAUCUUGGCGGCAGUUUUGAUGGACAAGGCAGGGCGCAAAGCUCUGCUGUACACCUCCAGCUUUCUGAUGUUCCUGUCCAUGCUGACUCUGACCAUGAUUUCCUGCACCACAUCUUACCUACCUGGACCCACCCCUCCAAACUUCACUGCAAAUGUGGAGCCCAACAUCCACUAUGACGUGGUUUUGAUGGCUAGCAACCAAAUAGCUGCAGGCCCCAUUCCACUGAUCAGCGUCGUGGUAUUUAUAUUUGGCUAUGCCUUGGGAUGGGGGCCAAUCACGUGGCUGCUGAUGUCAGAGGUAUUGCCUUUGGCUGUCAGGGGCGUCGCCUCGGGCCUAUGCGUGACUGUGAGCUGGGUGACAGCCUUCGUGCUCACAGACGCCUUCACUCACCUGGUAGACAGCUACGGCCUGUACGUGCUGUACUUUUUUUUCACGGUGGUGUGUGUCGUAUGUCUGCUCUUCACCGCAUUGUGCAUCCCGGAGACCCGUGGCCGAUCUCUGGAGGAAAUCGAGAACUAUUUCAGGACACGCAGAUUUACUAUUAAUCAUGAUCAUUCUACUGAACACUCUGCAGAAAGAGCAAAGGGCUGAUGUAUGCAACUCUGCGGGGACAUUGGAAUAUUAAACCACACAAUUCCUAUCUUGGACCUUUCUGUGUGGCAUGUUCUCCCACUGUCCUUCACGUUAAAUACAUGAUUUCCUAUGCAGCAUGUUCAACUCUAGGGAUGGUUAACCCAGGGCCCGAAACAGACACAUUUAACCCACAAAUAAGCAUAAUAUAGAAUAGUAAACCUUAGAUUGAUUGUUGCAACAUAUUUUGUGCAUACAUUUUCUAUGGACCACAGAGGACUAAAAAAAACCUGAAAUGGCUACUGAUGGUGGAAAAAAAGGCAUUUCCACUCUUGUUUUAGUCAUUUAGCUCUCACUAAGACUCAUACUGCAUGUGACCAUACUGUAUCCAGGACUAGUACUACUAGUCCUACUACUCCUUAAUGCAAUAUUAGGUUUCUUUUUCUACCUUUUUGGAAAGAUGUUUUACAAUGAACGGCUUAUGAUGUAGUGCUAGUGACAAAUAGUCAAGAAAGUGUAAAUAUUUGACCAUGCAUGUUAAACAGUGGAUAACUAAAUGAGUACUACGGCCACGUUGAAAAGAAAAAAACAUUGAAUGUAAAUAAAUGCAUAUAAUUACAAGAAUAAAGUCACAGUAUUAUGAAAACGCUCUUAUCUCGGGAGAAUUAAGGUGUCAUAUUAAGAAAGUUGUAAUUUUACACUAAAUUACACAAAAUAUGACAUCAACAGAGCAACACAGGGCUCCAGUUGUGAGCAUGUCUGCCGCACAGUUCUGAGGUUCAGGGUUUGAACAUUUGAGUCUGUUCCUGAGAGAGUGUGUACUGCUCUCAGACUGUUGCAUUUAGGUUUGUGUAGGAAUGUUUAACUUUAUUUCCUUAGAAAUACGUUUUCUUUCUUGUAAGAUUACACUUUUCAGUAUGGCCCUAAUACUCCUUUGUGGAUUACACACAUAGCAAAAACCAGCAAUACAUUUUAAACAUAGUAAAAUAUUUGCAUAAUGACAUGAAUUUAUCAGUCCUGAGAGCAAAUAUGUUGGCAGCUGUCUUUUUGAUUCACCGCAAACAGGUCACGUGGUGCAGUGCACUGAUAGUCGCAGGUUUGCGUUCCGGCUUUGUGUAUGUAUGUAUGAAUGGUGAAGAAGGAGCUGAGCCGAAAGGCAAAGCUCUCGAUUUACCGGUCGAUCUACGUUCCUACCCUCACCUAUGGUCACGAGCUGUGUUUUGUGACCGAGAGAACAAGAUCGCGGAUACAAGCGCCCGAAAAUGAGUUUCCUCCGCAGGGUGUCUGGGCUCUCCCUUAGAGAUAGGGUGAGAAGCUCGGUCAUCCGGGAGGAUCUCAGAGUAGAGCCGUUACUCCUUCACAUCGAGAGGAGCCAGAUGAGGUGGCUCGGGCAUCUGGUUAGGAUGCCUCCCGGACGCCUCCCUGGUGAGGUGUUUCGGGCACGUCCCACCAAGUGGAGGCCCCGGGGAUGACCCAAGACACGCUGGAGAGACUACGUCUCCCGGCUGUCCUGGGAACGCCUCGUGAUCCCCCGGAAGAGCUCGACGAAGUGGCUGGGGAGAGGGAAGUCUGGGUUUCCCUGCUUAAGCGGCUUCCCCCGUGACCCGACCUCGGAUAAGCGGAGGAAAAUAAAUGGAUGGAUGGACAUUCUGGAUUUUAGGACUAGUUUUAAGUUUUCUUCAAAUGAUUUGUGGUAAUGAUCCAUCCAUUUUCUGAGCCGCUUCUCCUCACUAGGGUCGCGGGCGUGCUGGAGCCAAUCCCAGCUGUCAUCGGGCAGGAGGCGGGGUACACCCUGAACUGGUUGCCAGCCAAUCGCAGGGCACACAGAAACAAACAACCAUUCGCACUCACAUUCACACCUACGGUCAAUUUAGAGUCUCCAAUUAAUGCAUGUUUUUGGGAUGUGGGAGGAAACCGGAGUGCCCGGAGAAAACCCACGCAGGCACGGGGAGAACAUGCAAACUCCACACAGGCGGGGCCGGGGAUUGAACCCGGGUCCUCAGAACUGUGAGGCUAACGCUCUAACCAGUCGGACACCGUUCCGCUUGUGGUAAUGAUAAAACAUUAAUUCAAAAGCAGAUGGCGAUCCUAGUACUAAUACACAUUGUGCCUUCAAGAACUGAUUUGAUGUCAGAUACAUUUUCCUCGAUGUUCAAAGACAAUGACAGACUGUCUAAACUGCGUAAGAAUGGCAGUGGAAAUGAGUCAAUGAGAAAAGGCAUGGCUCGUCAAACAGGUCACGCUUCAGAUAUACCGGUAAUAACAAAAAGGGAUUAUGUAAAGCUGACAUUGCGUGUGAGACUGACGCAAAUAGUUAUGUUGUUAUUAUUAUUACAUAACAAACCUAAUGUAUUGAAGUAGAGAUGUAAGAAGUGUUGCACUAAGGUAUGGAUAACCUGGCUUGUGAUUUCUUUUGAGAUACAAGCCGUCAUUCGGCCGUAUUUUUGCUUUGACUUGCGAGCAAACAUUUGAACGGUAAAACGGCGGUGAUCUCAACUCACUUCACAACAAGCUGCAGUUUGGCAGAUAGUGAACAACUCUUCAAAAAAGGCUUCAAGCUGUUUAUUGCCACUCGAAGUUUACUGUCAAAUAAACAUACAAAAAGAGAAUGACACGUGUAUUUAAAACAACCAGAUAGCCUUGCUUUAGACAAAUCCUUUUAGCUAGCUGCGUCACUUCGGCAUCGCCCCUUCCCUAGGAUAUAAAAAGUUAACUUGAGCGCCUUCAUCCGCAUCAGUGGUUAUUCGGUGCAAUUUUGAGUUACUUAUUAUUAUUCGGCUAAUUUUUUCCACUACAGCAUGCACUUAGUUAGCUAUCUCAGCCAACACCCCGAAAAUGCAUCUUGUGGUUCCCUGAAUGGUCACAGAACAGCUGUCGUUAUUUCGAUUCCCAAAUGAGGCUUUCAGCAGAUAUAUUUUCACAUCUUAACUAUGUAGUAAUGUGUGACAAAACGGGUCCAAGCAGGUUGGAACGGGUGGAGGAAGGUGUCAGGUGUGUUAUGUGACAGAAGAGUCUCUGCUCGGAUGAAGGGCCAAGUUUAUAAAACAGUGGUGAGGCCAGCCACGAUGUACGGAUUAGAGACAGUGGCACUGAAGAGACAACAAGAAGCAGAGAUGGAGGUGGCGGAAAUGAAGAUGUUGAGGUUCGCUCUCGGAGUGACCAGGUUGGAUAAAAUUACAAAUGAGCUCAUCAGAGAGACAGCCAAGGUUCGAUGUUUAGGAGACAAAGUUAGAGAGUGCAGAGUUUGAUGGUUUGGACACAUCCAGAGGAGAAAUAGUGAGUAUAUUGGUAGAAGGAUGAUGAGGAUGGAGCUGCCAGGCAAGAGAGCUAGAGGAAGACCAAAGAGAAGGUUGAUGGAUGUCGUGAGGGAAGACAUGAUGGCAGUUGGUGUUCGAGAGGAGGAUGCAGGAGAUAGGCUUACAUGGAAAAGGAUGACGCGCUGUGGCAACCCCUAAAGGGACAAGCCGAAAGGAAAAGAAGAACUAUGUAGUAAUGUGUAGGCAUGAGAAAAUUACUAGAUGAAGUAGCAUCCAUUUUUCAUCAGGGCGUGGUUUCUCACAUUCAGCAGACGUGCCCACAGCGUUUGAGAGCAGAGACAAGCGCUUGAUUAUUGUCAUUAGUAACUUCAUGGCUUAAUGCUUGCAAAUAUCCAUCAUGAGAGUCUUGGUACUAAUGUAAGACUAUGUGUGCAAGUUAGCAUUUUAUUUUGCUCAAAACAUUACAAAGAGGCAAAUGAAAACCUGUAUAACAAACAAUCAAGUCGCAAAUGAUGUUGAAAAGUCUAAGUUAGAGGACGGUAACGAUCAGGUAUUAAGUAGAAGUCACCCGAACAGUAGUGCAUAUACAGUCGUCUUAUAAAUGGUGCACUUUCUCUCUGGUCAGAGUUUACGUUACCUGCUGAGUCUAUUUUUGCAUUCAUAAAUCCACCCACCUUGCGUGUUCCUAAAUUGCUGCCCUCUCAUCACCACUCUGCUACUGUAUUCUGACUUUUUUUGUAUUCUCUAAGCAACAACAAGAAUUAUUCAAUCCCCGUUGCAAAUUACUUUACUUACUUUAAUUUAUAAACAGAAUCACUGUUGGAAACUUACAGGAAAAAAAUGUCAAAUUAAUUUGGUUGAGCUGUUUAAAUUGUUUUUGUCUUGUUCAUUGGAAUCUUGUAACCUUUGGAAAUAAAUCUAAUUUACAAUG